AUGGGUGUGUGUACACUUUGGCAGACAUUGUGGUCGCCACUCGUCACCUGUCCACCUGUCUGGCUGUUGUUCGCGUGGCCUGGACAGGGACAGAGGGGCGGGGCGGCAGGGCGUGUAUCCUCCGCGUGGCUCCAGAGCGAGGCGGCGGCGGCGGCGGCGGCCAGCGCCGCGCACAUAAACGUCACGCGCGGCGCGACGCCCAUUGUGCGUCGAGUGCGCGGCUGCGCGCGGCACCACAAUGCCGCCUCGCCGCCAUCUUGUCAGCGGUCUUUUGUUUCUGCAGAUUUAUUAGGAAGGAGGAGGAAGAGGAGGAAGAGAAGGAGGAGGAAGAGCAAGAGGAGGAAGAGAAGGAGGAGGAAGAGGAAGAGGAAGGAGGAGAAGGAGAAGGAAGAGAAGGAGGAGAAGGAAGAGGAAGAGAAUGAGGAGAAGGAAGAGGAAGGGAAUGAGGAGAAGGAAGAGGAAGACAAGGAGAAGGAAGAGGAACAGAAGGAGGAGGAAGAGAAGGAGAAGGAGGAGAAAGAGAAGGAGAAGGAAGAGAAGGAGAAGGAAGAGGAGGAGGAAGAGGAAGAGAAGGGGGAGGAAGAGGAAGAGAAGGGGGAGGAAGAGAAUGAGAAGGAGGGGGAAGAGGAAGAGAAGGAAGAGGGGGAAGAGGAAGAGAAGGAGGAGGGGGAAGAGGAAGAGAAGGAGGAGGGGGAAGAGAAGGAGGAGGAAGAGGAAGAGAAGGAGAAGGAAGAGAAGGAGGAGGAAGAGAAGGAGGAGGAAGAGAAGGAGGAGGAAGAGAAGGAGGAGGAAGAGGAGGAGGAGGAGGAAGAGACGGAGGAGGAAGAGAAGGAGGAGGAGAAGGAGAUGCCUUGUGGGAGAGAGGCCAGGUUCACUCCACCAUACUACACUUACAAGAAUGGUUAA